CGUGGUUGUAAUUUGUUCUGGAAGCCUCGCAUGCGCAGUGUGACGUCGUGCCGGGCAAGGACACAGCUAGACAAAAGUCAAGAGGAGCAAGAAAGCGAUUAGGGAAGAUAAUAGCGUCUUUUUUUUUGUCUUCUGAUUGUUGUGUGUGAUGUCAGCACAUUAAUUUGACCAAUCAGUGAUCGGGGUUACCCCGCCCCCCCCGAGGUGAAUGGCUGUAUCCAGAGGGGGCAUCGCUUUUUGGGUGAGAUGUGGGAGGAGCCAUGGCUACCAGCAUCCAAUCAAGCGACAGUGCUGGAGUCUCGCUCAGGCACUCGAUUUGCAGCGCAGCAGCCUCUCUCGACCAAUAAGCAUCUUCUCCCGGGCCCCUGCCCCUCCCAGCCACUUACGCUACCAGACUUUCGGCCAAUCCCCUUUAAGCUCGUCGCGGCCACACCACGCCCGUCACACAGGGCACCAGGUGCGAACUGUCGGCCUGGAGGAGGACUGGGAGGAGACCGUCAGCCUCUGCGUGCUGUCGGGAGCCGGGGAGCACGAGGGUCAGAGCACCCUGGUGGAGGUGCACCUUCUUGGGCAGAGCCAGCUAGGCGAGCUCCUGGCUUCGGGCGUCGGCAGGCCGGGCGAGUUCCUCUUCCCGCUGACCACCGUCGACGGACGGCGGGAAGACGACAUCAGCAUCAGCGGAGAGCGGGAGGGAGGAUGGAGCGGUGCGGGACAGACGAGCGAGUCGUUCCGGAGUCUGUUUGAGGCGGAGCGAUGCCCGGCCCCCUACGUGGGGGGCUCCCACUUCUACUGCUUCCACUGCCCAGAGACGGCGCCCUCGCCUGGCGGCGGGGCCAAACUGAGCCCGGGGACGGGCUGGGGCCCGGAGGCCACGGGCCCCACGUCUCACUGCAUCCACGCCGGGACCGAGCGAGGAGACGCAGGGGAAAGGGAGAGAGAACGAGAGAGGGAGGAGAAACUGGCCCUGAUGUACGAAAGGCUGAGGACUGAGCUGCCCAGUUUCUUCCAGAAGAAUCACGACUUCAGCAUGUACUCCAGUGACAUGGAGUUCAUUAAUGGACUACUACACACUCACACUAGGGGGUGCAGGCUGUACCAGCUGACCCUGACCACGUGGAAGCUGCUGUGCGCGCUCUACUUCGCCGACAUGCGGAUGGAGGUGCUGAAGCUCACCAAGCACAGUGAGGAUGGGACGGUCCGCGCUCGCUGGAGAGUCCAAGGGCUGCCGUUCCACCUGCUCCUGAUGCGCUUCUACAGGAGGGACAAGACCCAGCUGUACAGGACGUACGAUGCUUUCUCCACCUUCCACGUGGGACCUGACGGGCUUAUCCACCGACACCGGGUGGACAAGGUGAUGGAGGCCUCACCCCCUGCCAUCCCACGUGUGACAUCGCUGCUGGCAGGAGCACUGGUUGCCCUGGGGAUCCAGGAACACAGACACGCCCUAAACUUCCCCUUUCUCCUAUCGCCUUGCAGAGAGGGACGGCAGUAAAGAGAGUGUGGGACAGAGAGGCUGAGGUCUGGGAUGAGCCCUGUAUGAAAGUGUGGCUGUAAAUGUACAGAUUCGCCAUCAAUGUUUAAUAAUAAUAAUAGUAAUUAUAAUCAAACGCAUUUCCAGUCUGCGCCACAGUGUGGCGCCUGUGAGCUGCGUUUCCUCUGUGACGCUCUUCCACUGGUGAAGCAGGGUGGUGUCCUGUGUAUAAUAAUGUUGAAUGUGUCGUUUGUCCACUGUUGGGCUUCUCAGAGAAGCACCAGGGCUAAAUUCUCAAACUCUGGAAAUACGGGUUGUGAUGCGCAAGUGCUCGUGUGCGUGCACGUGCACAGUGACUGAGAGGUGGUGAAAUCGUACCUCGAUCCUCCUGAAGCUCUCAGACUUCCGUAGUAAAAGGAACUCUGUUGUACAUAUUAUGCUCCUAUACCAGCCUGCUCUGUAGGCUAGCGCUGUGCUACACUACGCUGUGAAGCUUCUGUCGUACCGAUCAGAAAUGGGUGUCGAAAGCACAAAAUUUAGCAAGCUUUUAGAAAAAAUAAAAAAGAAGUGGCUUAUCUAUGCAGAUAUAAGGUCCAGCCAUGGCAUUGGGUAUUUACAUUUCAAGUGCGGGGUAGAGGGGUGAGCUGACUGACUGUACUAGUGUCCUUCCCCUUCAUGUUUUGGAGAGUAAUUGUAUUCGUAGGCUAGUGCCAUCCCUGGAGUGCCCAACGGUUUUCUGAAGUUGCAGACAUCCCCGUCGACCAGAGGGGGCGCUCCUGUGCAUCGGAAGGCCCCCUGUCCUGGCCCCUUUACCCAAAACUUCUGCCUUAACCCCGAACCGCACUUUUAAGUCAAGCUUGCAGAGUCGGCAAAACCAAAGCCAUUUAACUCAUGUAAUCAGCUUCUGAUAUUUCAUCACUGAGAUUUUGACUUUCCUUAAAUUUGCUGGUAUCGCAGCACAUCAAAAACGGUAAGGACUAGAGCGGUCCUUCACUGCUGGUUCUUUCCCCCCCCCCCCCCCCUCCCUUUACCUGGGAGACAGGUGUGAAGUCUGGCCAAUCAGUGGCCAAGAUCACUUCCGGGUCAGGCAAGGAAGGAGGAGACGAGGAAGGAUAAAAUAAGCGAAUGAGAAUGAGCCCACUGCCUUUGCGCGCCACACUUACCUGCCCAACUAACCCCACCCCCUCCCCACCAGGUGCCAGUCGCCAUGACGACAGCUACUCUGUGAUUGAACGGGCGGGUCCAGGUUCCACACCUGGAACCGCUCACUGGCGUGCGACGCGACAGACAGACACAUGACAAUCAUGAUGUAAAUGCGGCGGAAUUACAGAUACUUCUGCGCAGGCUGCCGUGUGUGUGUUGCACAGCUGAAACGCAGGCUUGUGAUUGGACCCCAGCUCGGAUGAGAGUUGAGAGUUUGCGGUGGUCUCUGAAACGCAGGCUUGUGAUUGGACCCCAGCUCGGAUGAGAGUUGAGAGUUUGCGGUGGUCUCUGAAACGCAGGCUUGUGAUUGGACCCCAGCUCGGCUGAGAGUUGAGUGUUUGGGGUGGUCUCUGAAGCGCAGGAUUGUGAUUGGACCCCAGGUCGGCUGAGAGUUGAGAGUUUGCGGUGGUCUCUGAAACGCAGGCUUGUGAUUGGACCCCAGCUCGGCUGAGAGUUGAGUGUUUGCAGGCACCGCUCUCUCCACUGUCUCUGGGAUUGUCUAAACCCUCCCCCACAAAAUUCACAAUGAUAUGAAAAAUAAUAAAACGUGAUUACGGGACAUUUCUUCCGCCAUAGGUUUCCUCAGAUUUCCAAUGCUCAAAAAGUCUCACGUUUUGUUCUAGGAGUUCAGUUCCUUCUGUUAAUAUCUCAACCGUAUACAUCUAAGCUCUUAUGUGCUUUUAAAAACACAAGUUUAAAACACAUAAAAUACACAUUCUGCCAGCCCCCACUCAAGAUUCAUACCAGCCUGACUGCACCAACAUUACCAUUGCAGUUUCUAUGUAGCAACUUGUUAGCCACUUACUUUCUUGAAGCACAUAACAGCAUCAAAAAUUACAGUUCAGACAUUGACUAAUGUAACCUAACUCCUAGAACAGAACAUGAAACGCUCUUUAAGCGUACGUUAACCACAAACCACAUCUUUGGCAGAAAUCUAAAUCAUCCGCUGAGGGAACCCAUAGCUCAAAAAUGCAAAGUUUUAGGACUCGAUUUACACUCCCUGUUAAUUUUGGACUGUACGGGAAAAACGAACUCAGGGUUGAGUGGCGGGAAACUGCAGGGGGUUAUGGGAUUGGCACCUUCCUGUUCCGGCUCCUUUUCUGUGUAAAUGGUUCGGUAAUGUUGGGAGUAAUCUGCUUUUUUUUUUUUUGUGAGAACAAUAAAGCAUGACGUGUUGUAACUCCA